AUGACUCAGGUGCCUGCUGACUACCUGUCAACAACCAGCUCCUACAACUAUGAGCAGCCCUUUCCCUCCGUGGCUCGGACAAAUGCUGUCACCAAGGUACCCCCAGCCAAAAAAAUAACCUUCUUCAAGAGUGGAGAUCCUCAGUUUGCAGGAGUCAAGAUGGCCAUCAACCAGCGAAGCUUCAAGAGCUUCAAUGCACUCAUGGAUGACCUCUCUCAUCGGGUCCCACUGCCAUUUGGGGUACGGACCAUCACCACCCCACGAGGAAUACAUUGCAUCAGUGAGCUGGACCAGCUGGAGGAUGGAGGAUGCUACCUUUGCUCCGACAAGAAAUAUGUCAAGCCUAUUAGCAUUACUUCUGGGGGACACAGGCCAGGCCCUCCACGAAACGGUCGUCCCUCCAGUACCUUGAGAAGAGCAGCUCAGGAGGGCAAGCUUGAAGAUUAUUCCACACUUUUGACUCAGCAUGGCCCCAGAAUACCCAAGAAAAUCACUCUAGUUAAGAAUGGAGAAAGUGGUUUUCGGCGCUCAAUUAUCUUGAACCGCAGAAAUGCCAGGAGUUUCAAAACGCUCCUGGAUGAGAUUUCAGAGAUCCUGCAAUUCCCAGUGAAGAAGCUCUACACUGUUGAUGGGAAGAAGAUCGACAGCAUGCAGGCUCUGCUUCACUGCCCCAGCGUGCUGGUGUGUGUCGGCCGGGAGCCAUUUAAACCUGUAUCAAUGGAGAAUUUGAGGAAACACUCAGUGGAGAAGCUGCCUGACCUGGCUCCCCGUUCCAAUAGCAACAAUGUCAAUGAAAACAAUGAAAAUAAUGGCGCACCUUUCUCAAACAGUUGCUCGCAUCCCAGACCCGGGGAGCUGGUCCAUUCCUUGGUCAAUGACGACAUAGAAAAACGGGUGCAUGUGAACAAGGAUGGUAGCCUGUCCGUUGAGAUGAAAGUUCGCUUCCGCUUGCUAAAUGAUGAGACUUUGCAAUGGUCCACCCAGAUCAAGAAGUCCAAUCUGAUGAACCAAACACCUUGUGAAGAGUCAGGUGUAGAGGAGGACAGUGGAGUAGACCCCAUACAGAAAAUGAACCCAGAAGCCAGCUCAGAGGCAGAUGAGUCAUUAUAUCCCUGUGAUAUUGAUUCUUACAUGUCAAAACUUGAGGAAUCAGAAUGUGAUGAGGCUCAUUGUCAUAGCUGUGGCAAGAAACACCAGGACUAUGACAUUUGGAAAAAUCCCAUGCACACAUCCCAGAGGGAGGAGCCCAGCGUACGAAGCACCUGGCACACACGGUCGUCAUGCUCCAGCACAUCUUCCCGGAGGAGAGUAGUCCACAAAAAAAAGGCUUCUAUGCAUAGCCUCCACACCACAUCCAGUGAGGAAUUCUCCGAGCACAUUUUGCAAGAGUCCUCAUCCUACUCAGAGACUAUAGAGAACAGAGUGGCAUACCGAUCCAUUAAAAAGUGUAUGUGUCGAAGUGAUUUGUCUACAGGUGUUUCCAGUGGAGAAGACCAGCAAGAGCACUCUCGGACAAGCACAAGCAAUAGUCAGAGACCUUCAUCCUUAAUGUCACAUUCAAGCUGUGAAAACAAUCUGGAUACUCAGGAUGCCCCUAAAGACCAUGAGGCCAGCAAAACCAAUUCACAAAAUGAAGAUGAAAAUUGUUUUGAAGUUUCCUCUGUGAAGUGCUUAAAGGAUGAUGUGGAAGAGGUUGAAUGCAGCAGAGUUGGGAGUGUCAUGUCAGGGUCAUCUCUGCAGUCCAGACAGAGCAAGAAGAAUGUAUGUGAGGAAACAAGUAGCGUGGGUAGGAGCAUGUCCUCCUCCGGCCUUCAGAAGGCAAAUCAAGAAGAUAACACUAGGUGCUCCACUCCUGCCAACAGUGUGCACAGCAAGUCUAGUAACUGUACUAUACCAAGAGCAAAGAGUGAACAGGAUGACCACUCUGAUGACAAUGCAGUGGUCUCUUCUUUCUCCAGUGAGUCCUGCCCUAAGAAAAAGGCUGAAGAAGUUGAAGCAGUACAAGAAGAAAAUGAAAUCAAUGAAGUCAGCUCCGUGUCAGCAAAACCAAAGCCCAGCCAAUCAAUUAGAGAUGAGAGCAGUGAAGGUGAACGAUGCUCUACACAAGGAACCCCCCAUUCCAGAGCUAGUAACAGGAACAGCAAGAGAAGUGACAGCGAUGAGAUUGUUCUGUGCAAUGCCUCUUGUUCUUCCAGAGGAUCCAAAAAGAGCAAACACAGCCAUAUUCAUUUGGAUGCACAGUCUGAAAUAUCUGUGUCUUCACUUGAAUCCACUCCAAAUAAAAAGAACUAUUCCCUACAUACAGAUGAUGUGAGAUCAUGCAGCAGGGCAUCUAUUUACUCAAAAAACUCAUGUGAAAUCAAGAAAAAAUCAAUCAGAGACCCCAUGUCUCAUAACUCAGGAUCUUUUCACUCAAACAUUUCAUCUACUAAUGAAGCAGAGGCAACUGCAGGUUUUACUGAGGAGAAAAGCUUGAAAAGUACCACCAAUGGCUACAGUGAAUCCUCAAAAGGCUCAAAGAAGAGAAGCCAUAGAGAAGAAAAUAGCAACCCAUCAUCCCUCUGCUCACGUCUUUCAAGCCCUAAUGGAAAAGCUGGAGAGGGUCAUUCCAAGAUGAAUUCAGAGGCCCUUUCUUCAAGACAUGGAAGUAUGAGUGAGAGCGUGUAUUCAAAAGGUGACCUCUCAACUGAGACUGGGAUUAGGAAUGUAAAUCCUGCAAGUGUCUCUUCAAGAGUCUCUUCAAAUUCAGAAGUAAAAGAUAAAUGCUUGUUGACACAGAAAUCCCAGGAAAGUGAUGAUAGGUGUUCACAAUCAAACAUAUCUCAAUCUUCAAAAUCAAGGCAGAUAAAAACUAGAAAUCUUCGUGUGAAGAUGUCAAACUCCAGCCAAGCAUCAUUGUCUGAGACUUUGUCAGUAUGUAGUAUGCAUUGCCCUGCCCCACCAAAAGGGAAGCCAAACAGCAAAAAAAUACGGUCAACCAUGUUGAAGCAUUCCUCCAAUAGUACCAUAGGUACUGAGUCAGCGAUGACCACAGGAAAAGAGCAGAAAGAAAUUAUAGAUUCCUCCAAAGCAACUUCCUACGGGUCUAAAUCAGCUGCAACUGAAGUAAAUGAUCAGAAGAAUGAAGAGAUUGAUGACUCUUGCAACAGAAAAGUGGAGGAAGAGUUAGAAGGCACGGGCAUGCAGGAGGAAGGCAGUAAUAUAACGCCAUCUGCUCUACCAAAUACAUCUCCAGAAGAAGUUGUGCAAGAAUGGCUGAGUAAAAUCCCUUCAGAAACAUUGCUUAUGAAAUAUGAAAUGGAGGAUGUUGCAGAAGAGGAAUGUGUAGAGGCAACCGCUGAGGUAGCAUACUGUACAAAUGCUGAGGAAAUCUCAGAGGAUGAAAAAGCUGAGAAAAAGAAUGUGGAGGAGGCUGAAAAUGAGACAAAGGAUGAAGUGAGAAAAGAGACAGCAGAAGUCACUGUUAUUAAUGAAGAGGCUGAAGAAUGCGUGAAUCAGGAACAAAUCUCUGAGGUGGUGUCCGAAGCUGCCAAGGCCGACCAGGCAGAAAGCAGCCAGUCAGUUAAAUCCAGCCAAAAUAACAACAGAAGAGACCUGCCAACCUCUGUCCAGACUUCUGUCCAGAUCAUGAAGGCCUUGCUCAGUUCAAAACAUGAAACAAAAUUUGACCGAUCAAACAGUUUGCCUGAAGUGUCCCCCGCUAUGGGGAGAAAACUGAGUAACUCUGCCAACAUUUUGAUUACUUGUCUUGCCAGUCUCCAACUCCUUGAUGAAGCUUCAGAAGAUCCAUUAGACAAAUCAAAACCUUUGAAUAAGCCAAAAUAUAUGGAGCUGCUAAAUAUUUUUCAAGCCCUGUGCUUUGGAUGCACAGCGGAAAAAAGUGGUCCAAGUUCAGGUCAAGAGGCAAGUGAGCAGGCAAAGACAGCCUCUGGGUUUAAAGCCCAAAAAUCUGUAGAUUAUGACUUCACUCCCAUGUCUUCCUCCGGGGUUGAUGUUAGCAGUGGUUUUGGUGGCUCAGGAGAAGAGACUACAGCUGGUGCCAAGGACUGUACUUUAAUGGCACAGAAAACUACUGAAUUCAAAUCAGCUGCGCAAGUGGAAAAUGUAGAGGCUGGAACUGAACUGACUGAGGCUGAGGAGCAAACUAAAGAGGAAAAGCAGUCAUCCCGACCUUCGACAGCCUGCUCAAAAUCAAAAGGUGAGGAAAAAGCACAGUCUACUAGAGAGGACUCUCUAAUUCAGGAGGCAGAAGAGAAUGAGGAGGAUCAGUGCAGUAGCUGUGAAAAUGGUCAGGAUGAAGGAAGAGAAAAUGAAAAUGAAGAAAAGAGCAAAUCAGCUGAAAAUGGAGAACAAGAAGAAGCUGAAGCUGUGAAUGAUGAACUCCCAAAAGAAAAUCUUGAAGAGAAAGAUGAUCAGCUAACAACUACUGAUGAUACAAAUGUCAAUGAUAUUGGCUGUGGGACAGAACUGAAAGCUGAUUUGGAAGAGCAGCUUGAAAAAGAGUCUCCAAAUGACCCAGACCCCAAAAUCGAUACGGCCACCAGUGUAGACACAUCCCUUGUCCAGCAAACCCCAAUGGAUCCUGAUCCAACCUGGGUCCUGAGAUUGCUCAAGAAAAUUGAGAAGGAGUUCAUGGCUCACUAUGUCAGUGCCAUGGAUGAGUUCAAAGCCAGGUGGAACCUGCAGAACAACCAGCAGAUAGAUGAAAUGAUACUGGAGCUGAAGGAGGAAGUGAGUAAAAGGAUACAAAAUAGCAUAGAGAAGGAGCUGAGGAAGAUCAAAUCCAGAGCAGGGAAGAAGACACCAAGACCUCUGGAUGAACCACUCAAACACAAGUCAACACUCCAAACUGAGCAAAGGAGACGGCAAUUGCAGACUAUGCAUAAACAGUCACUCUUCAGUGACAAGAAUGGAAACCAGAGUAGACUAGAGGACAUAUCAGACGUAUCAUUUAAUGUAGAUGAAGAUAUAGCAUUUAGUGCAGCUUUUGAGGCCAGUGUUAGUAAACAAACAAGUGAUGAGGAAUACUGCCCAUGUGACUCUUGCGCGAGGAAAAAAAUGGCUUCCAAGCCUACACAAAACCCAGUGGUGGCCACCAAUGCCCCAGUCAUGAAAGCAUUUGAUUUACAGCAAAUCCUGAGGUUGAAGAAAAAUGAUAAUGAGGAAGCCUGUGUCUCAGAAGCAGCCCAGGACAUCAAAACAAUUCCCAGCAGUUCUGUGAAAGAAGCAGCAGAAAACGGCAAUCCAAAUGAGGAGAAUGAUGAGGGUGAACUUCAGCCAAGUGAAACGGAAGUAGAGGGCAAUGAAGAAAAGGAGCCAGAAUUAAACGAAGUGGGGAGCUCAACAUUAACCGGAGAUGAAGAAGGACCUGAAAUAUCAGAGAGUCAAAACUGUGAGAUGGAGGAUGAGGUUAAAGAUGAAGAAACCAAAGAAGAAGAAAAGGAAGAAGCAGAAGAAGUGGGGGAAGACAUGAAAGAGAGUGAAGAAGAAGAAGAAGAGGAAGAAGGGGAAGUGAAGGAGGAAGAGGAUGAAACAAAAGAGGAGGAAGAAGUGGGUGAGAAGGAGGAAGUGAAGGAGGAAGAGGAAGAAACAAAAGAGGAAGAGGAGGAGGAAGUGAAGGAGGAAGAGGAUGAAACAAAAGAGGAGGAAGAAGUGGGUGAGAAGGAGGAGGAAGAAGCAAGAGAGAAGGAGGAAGAGGAUGAAACAAAAGAGGAGGAAGAAGUGGGUGAGAAGGAGGAGGAAGAAGCAAAAGAGGAGGAG